AUGGCUUUCUCACAGCUACCUCCAGCGAGACCACAGUGGCCGAUUGCGAUUCGAUCCGAGACUAUAGCCACAGAAGAGCCGGAGACGAUAAUCACAGUCCGCAAUAGGCCCGAGCCAUGGCACUCACUCGACUACGUCGUUAGUCAUCACACCGGAGAAGUUCUCUUCACGGUUCAUGGACACCCAUGGGGUCUCUCACAACGCCGAGACUUUCGCGACGCAUCAGGGCUCCCGCUGUUCGAGCUGAAAUGUCGUUGGUAUGACUCGUCUGUGCUGGAGGUGACGCUGCCCGGCGCCACAGCACUCAGCAAACCUCUACUUACAGCGAAGUGUCGUGUGGCUGUUCAGGCACCCAGGGCCGUGCUACGUUUCUGUAAUGCUUCCCGGCCGACAGAUGGGAGGCCCGAAAGGCGCCAUCUCAAGUACUCAUCGUCGCAUACAAGAACGGAGUCGUCCAAUGUCGGUGCUGAGACCACUAUGGAAAUCCUUGCGUUAGAUGUGGAUAAUCUUACUCAGGUCGCUGUUGUUGAGGACCAGAGAGUUGCGUUCAUCGAUCGAAUCAAAGAUCCUGGCGUGUUAGCGCAAGGCCAAAAGCCACCAUUUCGAUUUCGGCCAAUGUGGACAGUCAGGGUUGCAAAGGGAGUGGACUUGGCCCUGAUUGCUGUUGCGGUGGUGAUCGUUGGACAGCAAGUCGCUGGUUCAUCGUUGUAG